CACCGGCCUCCGAGUGCCUUUCUCAAAGUAUUGGGAUAUUGUUUUGCAAUUUGUUGACCUAUGGAAUACAAGUCUGAUGAGUUCACUGUAUCCUUGAACUUGGUUGACUGAAACAGAUGGAAGGAAAUGGACUUUUUAGGUUGGCCUGUGUCUCCAAAAAAUCUGUCCUUUACUACAGUGGAGAUGGAGAAAGAAUGGGGUAGCACCUUAUUGGCUCCAUUAAGACCUUGCCUUUUGUGAGCAUUGAGACUCACUGAAUUAUUGCUGGUAAAUGGACCAGAAGAUACCCAAAAAUAGGUUAGUUCAGUACUAGGCUACCGUAGGGGGAGGGGCUGAGUCAGUGCAGGCAGAUAUUGGCUCUGUCCAGCCUCUUCAUGGCUCUUUCUUGUCUGCUGCUUGUCCCACUGCACCAACAGCUUGUCUUUGUCACCUGUAGGUGCUGAUUGGUGAAAUCCAAUCCGAAUGACUUUGUACUUUGGUUGCAGUGUUGGACAAGCACUGGCUUAUGGGAAAAAGCCCUACUGGUAUUUGUAGGGAGAAUAAUGGUUACGUUAAAAUCCCAGCUCAACCAGUGGUUUCUUCAAGUUGUUUUCCAAAGUUCAGUCCUUUUCUCCCUCAGAUAGAAUACUAUAAAUGUCUGUUUCUAGCAAAAGAGACGCUUGUAAAGUUCUCUUCUUUUUGAUGGCUUUUUCUUCUCCCCAGUUCUCCCUCUUCACAGCUGUUCAUAAACACUACAGCCUCCAGCAGUGGAAAGAGUUUGCUAGCCAGAAUCCUGAGUGUCUUGAGCAUGUGGCUGCCAGCUCAGGCACAGGCUCUUCAGACUUUGAACAGCUGGAGCAGAUCCUGGAAGCUAUUCCCCAGGUGAAAUAUAUAUGCCUGGAUGUGGCAAAUGGCUACUCGGAACACUUUGUUGAGUUUGUAAAGGAUGUGCGGAAGCGCUUCCCCAAGCACACCAUUAUGGCAGGGAAUGUGGUAACAGGAGAGAUGGUGGAAGAGCUGAUCCUCUCUGGGGCUGACAUCAUCAAAGUGGGAAUUGGACCAGGCUCCGUGUGCACCACCCGGAAGAAAACUGGAGUGGGGUACCCACAGCUCAGUGCAGUGAUGGAGUGUGCAGAUGCUGCUCAUGGCCUCAAAGGCCACAUCAUCUCAGAUGGAGGCUGCAGUUGUCCUGGGGAUGUGGCCAAGGCUUUCGGGGCAGGAGCUGACUUUGUGAUGCUGGGUGGCAUGCUGGCUGGGCACAGUGAGUCAGGUGGUGAGCUCAUCGAGAGGGAUGGCAGGAAGUACAAGCUCUUCUAUGGGAUGAGUUCUGAAAUGGCCAUGAAGAAGUAUGCCGGGGUCGUGGCUGAGUACAGGGCCUCAGAGGGAAAGACAGUGGAGGUGCCCUUUAAAGGGGAUGUGGAGCAUACCAUCCGAGACAUCCUUGGAGGCAUCCGCUCCACAUGUACCUACGUGGGAGCAGCUAAACUGAAGGAACUGAGCCGGAGAACCACCUUCAUCCGGGUCACCCAGCAGGUGAAUCCAAUCUUCAGUGAUGAGAGCUAGACCUGAGCAGUUAUGCCUUCUCAAGGCUCUAGCACCCAGGCGCAGGGUCCCUCAGGUGGGCUCCUCAGCCAUCCCAGCUACUCUGGCUAUUUCUUAAUCAUUUCCUGUUGCCUCACCCCUGAGGGCGCCUGCAGUAAUUCUGUACUCUACACACAAAAUGCCCAGGGCACUCACUGGGGAGCAAGCAAAGGCAGGCAGGCUGAGAAAAUGAAGUCAGACAGUCAAAUGUGAAUCUGGGGAUCCAGCAUCCUGAAGAUUAUUAAAAGGAAAAGAUGCUGAUUCCUACCUAAGUAUUUAAUGGCCUUGGUCUGGAAGAGUGAGGCUCUUGAAAGCAUGUUUUGUUAAUGAGCUUCAUUAAAUAGGAUCUUUGAAUACCUAAAAAGCCCAAAAGUGUUGACAUAUUUUAAGUAUCUCAAUAAAGGGGCGCCUGGGUGGCUCAGUCGUUAAGCAUCUGCCUUCGGCUCAGGUCAUGAUUCCAGGUCCUGGGCUCG